ACCUUCUUCUUCUCCCGAGUCUGGCUCUUCCGUCGGACACUCUUCUAUGAGACCCCCGCUCGGUUUUGGGGGAAGUUUGCGUGUUUUGCGGUGGAGGAGUCGGUGAAGAGUCGGUGUGAAAAAGUAGCGGGGGAAGAAGAUGGUUCGCGACGGCGCUUGGGGAAGGAGCUUACUGUGCGUCCUGGCUGUUUGUCUGGGCUUCGUUUCCCCGCCAUGCAAAGCCCGGAUUUACACAAACCACUGGGCGGUCAGGAUAGCCGGGGGGACCGAGGUGGCCGACAGGAUAGCGGAAAAGUACGGCUACAGGAACAUGGGCCAGAUUGGGGAUCUCAAAGACCAUUAUCAUUUCUUCCACAGUCGAACCAUCAAGAGGUCAACGUUGUCCAGCAGGGGGCGACACAGCUUCAUCUCCAUGGAGCCAAAGGUGGAGUGGAUCGAGCAGCAGGUGGUGAAGAGGCGGAUCAAGAGAGAUUACAAACCGGUCCCGCCCCUUUCGCACUCCAGCCCCGCCCACAACAGCAUAUACUUCAACGACGCCAAGUGGAGCAACAUGUGGUACAUUCACUGUAACGAUGACGUCCAUAACUGUCAGUCGGACAUGAACAUCAUGGGGGCGUGGAAGAGAGGCUACACCGGCAGAAAUGUGGUGGUGACGAUUCUGGACGACGGCAUCGAGAGGAACCACCCAGACCUGUCUCAGAACUACGACGCCCAGGCCAGCUACGACGUCAACGGCAACGACGGGGACCCCAUGCCCCGAUACGACGCGACCAACGAGAACAAACACGGGACGAGAUGCGCUGGUGAAGUCGCUGCAGCUGCAAACAACUCCCAUUGCAUUGUGGGAAUCGCUUACAACGCCAGAAUUGGAGGUGUGCGGAUGCUGGACGGUGAUGUGACUGACAUGGUGGAGGCCAAGUCCCUGAGCCUCCACCCUCAACACAUCGACAUCUACAGCGCCAGCUGGGGCCCGGACGACGACGGCAAGACUGUGGACGGACCCGCCUCUCUCGCACGGCAGGCCUUUGAGACCGGCAUACGCAUGGGGAGGAAGGGCCGCGGCUCCAUCUUCGUUUGGGCGUCAGGAAACGGCGGGCGCAGUCGAGACCACUGCUCCUGUGACGGAUACACCAACUCCAUCUACACCAUCUCCAUCUCCAGCACCGCCGAGAGCGGCCGCAAGCCCUGGUACCUGGAGGAGUGUUCCUCCACCCUCACCACCACCUACAGCAGCGGGGAGAACUACGACCGCAAGAUCAUCACGACGGACCUGAGGCACAGAUGCACAGACAGUCACACCGGGACGUCCGCCUCUGCUCCUAUGGCCGCCGCAAUCAUCGCUCUUGCUCUGGAGGCAAACCCUCUUCUGACCUGGAGAGACGUGCAGCACAUCAUCGUAAAGACGUCCAGAGCGGGACACUUGAGCGCCCCCGACUGGAAGACCAACGCCGCAGGAUACAACGUGAGUCACCUGUACGGCUUCGGCCUGAUGGACGCGGAGGCCAUGGUGAAGGAGGCGGAGCGGUGGAAGCAGGUCCCGGCGCAGCACGUGUGUGUGGAGAGCGCGGACAGACAGAUGAAAAACAUCCGUCCGGAGCAUGUGGUGCGCUCCGUGUACAAGGCCACAGGCUGCCCCGACAGCCCCAACAACCAGGUGAUCUACCUGGAGCACGUGGUGGUCCGCAUCACCAUCCUGCACCCGCGCAGAGGAGACCUGUCAAUCAACCUCACGUCACCCUCGGGCACCAAGUCGCAGCUGCUGGCCAACAGGCUGUUCGACCACUCCACCGAGGGCUUUAAGAACUGGGAGUUCAUGACAACACAUUGCUGGGGCGAGAAGGCGGCAGGUGACUGGGUCCUGGAGAUCUACGACUCUCCUUUCCAGCUCCGCAGCCAGAAAGUCCCUGGUAAACUUAAAGAGUGGUCUCUGGUUCUGUACGGCACGUCUGUGCACCCGUACACCCGCAGUGACAAACCGCGCUCCGUGGAACAGCCCACAGAGGAGGAGUUCACCGAGGAGUACAACGGCCCCUGUGACCCCGAGUGUAACGAGAGCGGCUGUGAGGGCCCCGGACCCCACCACUGCAUCAACUGUCUGCACUACUUCCUCAAGUUCAAGAACAACACCAGGAUGUGCGUGUCCGAGUGUCCCAGCGGUUUCUUCCGUGACGAGCGUAAGCGCUGUAAGAAGUGUUCGUCGUCCUGCGAGACGUGCGUGGGCAGCCGCAGCGACCAGUGCAGCACCUGCCGCUCCGGGUUCCACCUCAACGAAGGCUCCAACACCUGCGUCGCCAGCUGCGCCGACGGGUUCUACCUCGACCACGAUUCAAACAUUUGUCGACGAUGUCCUGAAAACUGUAAAAAGUGCACAGGCUCCAGCGUCUGCACCGAGUGUAAACCGGGCAUGAGUCUCCAGGGAAACCGGUGUCAGAUGACGUGUGACGCAGGGACGUAUUACAACGGCCACAGACGAACGUGUGAGCCCUGCCACCGAGCGUGUGCCACCUGCGCAGGCACGGGGAUCGAGGCCUGUACAAAGUGCGCAGACGGGUACAUUCUGGAGGACUGGAGGUGUGUGUCCACCUGCAGCAGCGGGUACUACCUGUCCGAGACGCAGGACCAGGGACAGGUGCAGCGCUCCUGCAAGAAGUGCGACCACAGCUGCUACGAGUGUCUGGGCCCCGGAGAGAGGAACUGCAGCACCUGUGUGAGCGGAUACAACCUGGAGGGAGGGGCCUGUGUGGUCAGCACAAUCUGCAAAGAUGCAAAUGAAGAAUCUUGGGCGGAGGGCAGUUUCUGUGUGCUCGUAAAAAAGAACAAUCUCUGCCAGAGGAAAGUUCUGCAACAACUCUGCUGCAGAACAUGUUCUCAAAAGGGCUGAGCUCGGAGCAGGCCGCCAUUUCACAUAAUUUAUACAAGAAUCUGUGCCUCUAACGGACUGCAACGGAGGCGCGAUACAGGACUACAACAAACCUACCUUUUCUGUACAGGGACUCACCGCCAGGGACGAAACAUUCAAGUUAUGUGACCAAAGCUUCGAUGCCAAAACUCUUUCUUCUUUUUGUUGCCGGUGUAGGUAGCUCCAGGAGCCGGGGGGAGCCCUCUGCGUUUUUGGCUCCUCUUUCUGGUCUCUGCAGGAGGAUCAUUUGGAUGGGAGAAGUAUAGGCCGAUUAAUAUUGAAUAAUAAAAGGAAGCGUUAUCAAUAAUGUGAAAAAGUGUGUCUGGACUUGACUUUGGCCGUAGACCUCGCACAUAGAGAUAUUAUUAUUAUUAUUAUUAUUAUUAUUAUUAUUAUUAUAUAUAUGCACAUGUUCUCAACCGACUUCACCCGAUUCUCCAGCCCAGACGACACUUUCCACGGACGUUUUCCGCUCUUAAAAUCCUCGGCGCCAGCUCCACUCGUACGUCCUCGACUCUUUUUGUGCUCGGUAGGGGUGUAACAGUAACCGAAAUAUCGUUUAAAAGUCUCGCAAUAAUAUCGAGGGCGGUCGCAAUAUAUCGAAUCUAGGGAUGGGCAUUCGAUAAAAUUUUCUCAAACAAUCGAUUUACGUUUUUUAUAUUAAAAUUUAUCAUCAUUAUUAUUACUGUCUGCGCUUCCAAUCUGCGUAAAUAAACUCAACUUUACGACAUAUAAACCGUAACCGCUAUAGAAACUUUAACUUCUUGGGUUCUUUGGGUUGUAACAAUAACUGAAAUAUCGUGAUAUCGUCAGAACUCUCAUAAUAAUAUCGUGGACCGUCAAAAUAUAUCGAAUUGCAAGGUUUUUCACUUAUGGUAUUAAAACUUAAAAACUUAACUUGGGUAUUAAAAAAAGAGGGAACUGCACAGGCCAUGAUCCGUUACUUACUUUACUACACAAUAACUGUCAUUAAGCAAGUUUAAAUCUUAUUUCUUUGGAAUAUGGCAGUAAUGAUUCACACUGACGACUGUUCGAGGUAUUUAAUUAAAGGGAUGGGCAUGCGAUAAAAUUUGCUUAAUUGAUCGUCGAGAGAAUUAACGAUCGAUUAAUCAUUAACAUUUCUAUAUUAAAACGAUCAUCAUUAUUAUUACUAUCUGCACUACUAAUCUGCAGAAAUAAAUUCAAGCUUUACGACAUAUAAACCGUAACGACUCUAGAGCUUUUUCCCACUGGACACUGAAACAUAUGUGCUGCUUUCAGUGUUGGGAAGGUGACUUUAAAAAUGUUUUCACCUACAGAUUACAGAUUACAUACCCCAAAAUGUAGUUUGUAACGUAAUCCAUUAAAUUACUUAAAGUGAGUAAUGUAAUCUGAAUACUUUGGAUUACUUGAUAUUGUCUUGCUUUUUAAAACGACAUGAAUGUAACAACCACAUCCUGAAAAUUCAUGUUUGUUCUUUUCAAAUUGUCUGUUGAGCCCAAGUCUCGUUUAGACCUGGUUUAGUCCUGGUUUAGUCCUGGUUUAGUCCUGGUUUAGUCCUGGUUUAGACCUGGUUUAGUCCUGGUUUAGUUCU